AUGAGCACCGUCAACGCGUCCACAGGUUUCACCCCUUUUCACCUGCGCCUCGGUCGCUCGCCGCGCGUGAUUCCUCCUAUCACCUCCGAGGCUGGAGACGCUGCCGUGGUUGACUUUGGUCCCACGGACACCGAGAACGCUCUGGACUUGCUCCGACGCAUGGAAACCGACGUAAUGGAAGCUCAGGACACUCUGCUCCUGGCCAAGGCAAACCAGGCUCUGCACGCCAAUGUCUCUCGCGGCGCCGACCACCGCUUCUCUGUUGGGGACCGCGUCCUGUUGUCUACGUUCCACCGCCGCCGCGAAUACAUGCAACGCGGGUCAAAUCGCGUGGCUAAA